AUGUACUCUGACGUUUCAUUCGAUGCAAAUGUACACUGUGAAAUUUGUAAAGGAGAUAAAGUUCAACGGAAAUCCUCCUACUUCGGAAUCGUUGCCAUGUACUGUCUCUGGUGGUGUGGCGUCGGACUUCUGAUCUACAAGUUGUCCAUGAUGGACUACUGUGAGAGUUGUUACUACAUAAACUUCAUGAAAAUGGCAAGACCGAAAAGGAUGCUAUCGCUCGUAGUGGAUGACAGAUCACAACUUGAAAUGCCACCCGUUGACGAGGAAGAAUUGAAAAAGAAGUUCGACGCGAAUCUGCUUCAAAGAUAA